GCUUCCUGCUGUUAGACCUAGGAGUUAGGCUGCUGCUUCUCCCUGUCUGUCGGCUCGGAGCUGCUACUUCGCCUCAAGCUGUGUCGGAAUCAGUCUUCCUAUAGGCUCCCAGGAGCCGGGUUCUCCGGUGAUCAGAGUCUUAGGACAAAAUGGCGCUCGCACGGGCCGCCGGGGCCUGGCCCAGCAGUGUUCUCUGAGGCGGGACGGCACAAAGGCGGCGUGCGGGGGAAGGGGAGGGAGGCGGGGCGCGGUGCUGCGGCGUGGUGGCCUCGUGGUGCUGGCGCUAUCUUCUCCCCUUGUGCAGCAGCCUGGCGAGUCCUGAGGAGGCUUUGAACGUGGUCGUGCCAAGGUUUUGGUAUGAACAGGAUUCGGAUUCACGUCUUGCCAACCAAUCGGGGGAGGAUCACUCCAGUGUCCAGAUCUCAGGAGCCCCUGUCUUGUUCCUUCACUCAUCGCCCAUGCUCUCAACCUCGUCUUGAGGGGCAGGAGUUUUGCAUUAAGCAUAUCCUUGAAGACAAGAAUGCACCCUUCAAGCAGUGUAGUUAUGUAUCAACGAAGAAUGGAAAAAGAUGUCCCAGUGCUGCCCCAAAGCCUGAGAAGAAAGAUGGGGUGUCUUUCUGUGCUGAACAUGCCCGUAGGAACGCCCUUGCACUUCAUGCUCAAAUGAAGAAGACCAACCCAGGACCUAUGGGUGAAACACUGUUGUGCCAGCUGAGCUCAUAUGCUAAGACAGAGCUGGGGUCUCAGACUCCAGAAAGUAGCCGCAGUGAAGCUAGCCGAAUACUGGAUGAAGAUAGCUGGAGUGAUGGAGAACAGGAACCCAUUACUGUGGAUCAGACAUGGAGAGGUGACCCUGACAGUGAAGCUGAUAGCAUAGACAGUGAUCAAGAAGAUCCCCUGAAACAUGCUGGUGUCUACACAGCAGAAGAAGUGGCUCUGAUUAUGCGUGAGAAGCUAAUUCGUUUGCAGUCUUUGUACAUUGAUCAGUUUAAACGACUUCAGCAUUUGCUCAAGGAGAAGAAGCGCCGGUACUUACAUAAUCGCAAAAUGGAACAUGAAGCUCUAGGCAACAGUCUUCUGACUGGCCCAGAGGGACUUUUGGCCAAAGAACGAGAGAACUUAAAGCAAUUAAAAUGUCUCCGGCGGUACCGCCAGCGCUAUGGUGUGGAAGCCUUACUACACAGGCAGUUGAAGGAACGCAGAAUGCUGGCCACAGAGGGUGCUGCCCAACAGGCCCAUACCACUCGUUCCAGUCAGAGAUGCUUGGCCUUCGUGGAUGAUGUUCGUUGUUCCAAUCAGUCUCUUCCAAUGACCAGACACUGCCUUACCCAUAUUUGUCAGGAUACAAAUCAGGUUCUCUUCAAAUGCUGUCAGGGAUCUGAAGAGGUGCCCUGCAACAAACCAGUUCCUGUAAGCCUCUCUGAGGAUCCCUGCUGCUCACUGCAUUUCCAGUUGCCUCCUCAGAUGUAUAAGCCCGAGCAGGUACUGUCUGUGCCAGAUGAUCUGGAAGCCGGCCCCAUGGAUCUGUACUUGAGUGCUGCUGAGCUUCAGCCCACUGAGAGUUUACCUCUGGAAUUCAGUGAUGACUUGGAUGUUGUGGGUGAUGGUAUGCAGUGCCCUCCUUCACCCUUGCUAUUUGAUCCUUCAUUAACCCUUGAAGAUCAUUCAAUCAAAGAAAUUCCUGAAGGCCCUGUGGAUAUCUUGGGACAGAUACAGAUGGCUGGAGAUGGUUGCAGAUCCCACGGAUCUCAAAGUUCUGAGAAAGCCUCUGUACCAUUGCCUCAAAGUGGAAUGGGAACUGCAAAUGGGAAGCCAGAACCCACUUCUAUCAGUUGAUAGUUUGUUUUGGAAACCAUUUGACUUCAGUGGAUUUAAAUUUCUCAUUUUUCAAAUAUAUGUUUAUGAUCAUCUCACUAAACAAGGGCAACCCAGACUGAUUGUUUUUCUUAUGGGUUGAGUGCUAUAGUUAACAAAUUUUUGAGAGAGCAGACCAAUAGUUUUCAAAAGUUGUGGGUUUCUUCCCAUGUGAGCAAGGAAGAAAGAGAGGUAAUUCUGGUCAGAGCUUCUGGAAUUAAGUAUUUGGGUCUAGGCCUAAGGGGAAAGAGACAUCUUUGUAAUGGGAUUUCCUAAGUCAUGAAUAGGAAUCCACAUAGGUGGCCAGGAGGGAGCUGUUUCUGAGUGGUGCCCUUGAGAUAUUGAUGGCCCUGAUGUCUGGUGGUCUCCAUCUAAAGGCCUGCCUUCACCUUUACUUCAUUGGGUAGUCUGAACCCCCUUCCCCAGUGAUCGCCUGACUUCUGUCCUCUGAGAAAAUAACCCACAGGACUGGGCCCUUCUUAACUAUCCAUCUUGCUUCUAACAUGUAAAUUUCUGUGGUGACUUUCUUAUGUAAGAUAUAGUAAAAAAUUAUUGUAUAUAGUUAUUAUUAAAUGUUAAAGGAAAUAUUAUGAAAAUGUAAAAUAGUCAUCUGAAUUGGAUGAAUGUUUUGUUUGUAUUUGAGAGUAUAUCUUCUUUUCUUGG